AUGUCUCCGCCGAGCCCCAGAGAUCGAUCCAUCUUGAUCGUUGGUGGUGGCACUUUCGGAACAAGCACGGCAUAUCAUCUUGCCCAACAAGGCUACACGAAUGUUACAGUCCUUGAUCGGUGGUCACAGCCUUCAAAAGAGGCCGCUGGGAACGACAUCAACAAAAUAAUAAGAGCAGACUAUCCAGAGCCUCUUUACGCCAAUCUUGCCACUGAGAGCAUUCAACAGUGGCGAGAUCCCAACGGCUUAUUUGCCGGCCUGUACCAUCGCUCUGGCUGGCUACUGGCUGCGGGAGAGAAAGGUCUACCAUUCAUUGAAGGCUCAAUCAGGACUGCUGGUGAGCGCGGCUUCGAAAAGGCACAGCUUUUGACAUCGCACGAGGUGCGGACACGCUAUCCUGCUUAUAACGGCCCGAUGAGUGGUUGGAAGACGUAUUGGAACUCCUCAGCUGGCUGGGCAAAUGCGAGAUCAGCACUUGCCAGGAUGGCGGAUGCAGCGCAGGCGAGGCGCGUAAAGUAUGUGACUGGAACGGCCGGGCAUGUUGUACGGUUCCUCUUCGACGAGAGCGGAAGAUGCAUUGGCGUCAAGUGUGUAGACGGGACUCAGCACUUUGCCGACGAGAACAUACUGGCAGCGGGAGCAGCCGCAGCCAGCAUUCUCGACAUGAAAGGGCAGCUUGUUGCCAAAGGCCAUACAGUUGGACACAUUCAGCUUGAGCCUCAUGAGGUCCAGAAGUAUGCUGCAAUGCCGGUCGUAGAUCAUCUUGAAGGAGGUACGUCUGCUUUGCCAUACAGGCUUGCAGAGAUCAUUGACCAAGACAGGCAUCCUAUUUCCUCCCCAAGAGGACGGCAUCAUCAAGAUUGGCGCUGUCAACUUCGUGACAAACUAUUCGGCCUCGCAUCCUGACACAUCUCUUCCCCGAUAUCGCUCCGACCAUCCGGCAGACACGAUUCCCAUCCCAAUCGAACGUCAACUUCGCAACUGGAUGCGUGAGCUUGCCCCGGAACUGGCUGAGCGCCCAUGGGUUGAAACACGAAUCUGUUGGGAUGCAGAUAUGCCAGACUACCAUUUCCUAAUCAGUGCACACCCUGAGCACCCGGGCUUAAAGCUGGCCGUUGGCGGCUCAGCACAUGGAUUCAAGUUCCUGCCCGUGAUUGGCAAGUAUGUCGUGCAGAUGAUAGAGGGUACUCUGGAUGAAGAGUCAGCGAGGAAAUGGAAAUGGAGACCUGGUGCGAAGAUGGCCGAGGGAGAGAUAGAUCCACAUCCGACGCCCUUGUUAGACUUGGAAGACGUUCCGGGUUGGCAGGAGACGACAAGAGCUAAGUUGUAG